CUGACGCUCGAAAGGACCAAUCCCGCUUUUCCAGGGCAGGCGCGCCAGCGGAGGUGCCUGGAGGGUCGCGGUUGCCGGUGCUCUGAGUCAGGGGCUCUGGAAUUAGAGCGCCUUCCGUGCAGAGCAGAAACUGUCGGUCGUUUAAACCCAGACUAUCGCCCAAGCGGAGAGCAGACAGGCUCUUGCGUUCUUGCCAUUUGGGAAGCAGUGUAGCCGGGGAGGCGGAGACACGUGGUAACGCCGUCCAGCCGAUAAGAGCUGCUGCCUCGCCUUAGGCGGACCAUCCUAACUUGGUCUCUAGCGAGUUCCGUGCAUAGACUUUAAUAAUUCAUUCUAGGAAAGCUGAGUAACGCUCCUCGGGACCUCAAGCCGACCGCUGACCUGCAGAUGCCGAACAACAGUCCCCGGCUCUCCCGAGGGCAGGUCCUCAGCGCAUUGGCCAGGCCCGCUGAGAGACGUCCUCCAGGCCAAUGGCUUUCUGCUGUAAAGGGCGCGUUUCCCCCUGCUGGCCUAUGAGAGGCUGCCUCGGCUCAGCCAAUAGGAUCAGGGCGAGGGGGCGUGGCGGGAAGUUUGAAACUCCUAGCUUGAGGAGUUGUUCCUCGAGCUGCUGUUCUCCCGGUGGCCGAGCUCGGUCCCCCGCCCCAGUAAGUGAUGGGACUAAAUUUAGCGGCUCAAUCUGCAUGCUCCAUUAGAAGGUUCCGCUCAUUAUCCCCGCAGAGGGCUCUGGGCUAGCGACCCGGAAGUUCCUCGGCUGGAAACUGGGAAGCUAGGGUGGGUCUGGGGUCAAAGGUCCGACCCGGAGGCGGUAAGCUCUGAGACCGACGACCCUUCCUCCGCAUCUGCACAGCCGGGCCCCGUCCCCUACCCCUGGUGGAGAUGGGUUCUACUCAGAGCGUCUCAGGCACUCCAGCCAGGCCUCUGCCACACAACAAGCAUCUGGCCCGAGUCGCCGACCCUCGUUCACCUAGUGCUGGCAUCCAGCGCACCCCUAUUCAGGUGGAGAGCUCUCCACAGCCAAGCCCACCGGCAGAAGAGCUGAACAGUCGUAAGCAGGCACAAGACCCUGAUCCUCGCUCUCCCACCCUUGGGAUCGCACGGACACCCAUGAAGAUCAGUGGUGCUGACCCUAAGAGCCCACUGGUGAAAGAGCUGAGUGAAGUAUUUGAGACCGAAGCGUCUGAAUCGGUUUCCUCCCCAGAGCUUGCUCUGCCACAGGAAACACCUUUAUCUUCGGAACUGGACCUGCCUUUGGAUACUCAGGUAUCCCUUGAUGACCAGUUGCUGCCUUGGAGCCACACUGAACUCCCCUCCAAACCAGAGUGUGCCAAGGAGGAAGCAAAACAACCCACAGAGGCCAUAGUUGCCAGCCAGAACUCAGACAAGCCCUCCAGAGACCCUGAGACUCCCCAGUCUUCAGGUUCUAAGCGCAGUAGACGGAAAGCAAACAAAAAGGUACUAGGAAGGUCCCCUCUCACCAUCCUGCAGGAUGACAACUCCCCUGGGACCUUGAUGCUGCGACAGGGUAAGCGGCCUCCUCUAAAUGAGAAUGUUAAGGACCUAAAGGAAGGAGUCAUUCUUGGAACUGGAAGAUUUCUGAAAACCGGAGGAGGAGCAUGGGAGCAAAACCAGGACCAUGACAAGGAAAACCAGCACUUUGCUAUGAUGAAGAACUAGGUCCAUGUGGACUCACCCAGAGCCUGGUGCUAUUCUGUGUCCUUCACCUCUUCUUCCCAAAGGGCACGGAGGAAAGUCCUGUGUUCUGAUUCCUCCCAGAUUACCAACUCUGGUACUUGGACUUCAUUCUUUUAUGUUUUGUGUGUUUUCUUGUAUAUUAAAGGAGAGGAUUUUAAAUGAUGCUUUAAGAAGUUAGACAAGAGCUGCACUGGGUCUUCUGUGUGCAGAAUGACAGCCUGGGGGCUGAGGCCUAUAAAAAUAUCUCUACUGCCACUUCUGGGCCUCUUUCAUAGCUAAAGUUUUGAUGUUCCCCAAGGCUCUGUCCUUGGCCCUUCUCUCUUGUUCCCCUUUUGUUUGGGUUUAGCUAUUAUCUGUUUCUGGUAAUUUUCAGGUCACUCUUGCCACAUAAGCACUCAACAUUAAUUCCUCUAAAAUAAAACCUAAGAUCUUUCUCUGAAA